AUGGCCCGCCCAGGAUUUUUGCAAAAAGCUUCUAUACCUGGUUAUGUGUUCUUGGCCCAAUCUGCUAGAACUGGUAGAGCAAACACCAAGCAGACAGCUCCUCACAGCUAUUCAGGGCGGCCCAGAUCGGGUCUUGCCCCAACGCCCUGCCCAACUGAUACGAAAAAGACCCCAGCGCCCUGCCCACGAGCGAAGCCCGAAUCGAGCUUCGCUGCUCAUCCCGGCGAGCUCGCCCCGAAAACAGACCCCGCGGCUUCGGAAAAAAUCUCCGCUCAUCCCACUCCAGAGCCGAACCGUCACCCCCACUCCCUUCCAUCCCGAAGCCCCGAGCCGCACGCCCUCUCCUCCGCGUCGCCCAAAAAAUCGCCGUCGCCGCCUCCCUCGCCUCCCCCGCUUCCCCGAGACGCUGCCGACGCCCUCAAGAUCCCCCUGCUGCUCUCUGCCUCCCGCGAGACCCCGCCGCUCCUCCGUCGACGCCCUCGAGACCAGAUCAAUCCACAGCUCCGUCGAUCUGCAGCUCCCUCCGACAAUCCCUAG